ACAGAUAUUUUUUUUGCUUUUCCCUCCCAUCUCUCUUCCCAGCCACACAACUUUUCUUCUCUCUUUCUCUUCCUUCUACAGAAACCAACAACCCACCUGUUUCUUUCUCCCUCUCUCUGUACAAGAACAAAAAAAAAAAGGAAGAAUAUGAAGAAGAAGACGCAGGAAGCAGAAGAACCAGGAGAAGAAGGAACCCCCACCCCACCCCACCUCACUUGUGCUCUUCCUUCUCUCUUCUCUCCGACGUCGUCUCUUUCGCGCUCUGCGAUCUCAAAUCUCCGAAAUCGCCCAUGAAGCGGCAAACUUGCCAAUGAAGGAGAGUCAUUCGACGCCUGGUUGGCUAGAUCAACGUCCUUUUGGAUCGAUGAAGAGAAGGGAAGGCGUGAACGACGAUGAAGGAAGAAGGAAGUGAUUCGUCUACACUCAUGCCAGAAGGAACAUGUCAUGCCGCCGGCGGUGGGACUGCUGUCAACCGCGACCAAGGCGGUUGUGGAUAUGCAAUGUUAAGGAACUUGCUUAUGUCUUGGACGAAAAGGGUUGAUUUCCUUCCAUUCGAGACUGGUUGCUGGUUUCUUAUACGAAAUUGUGCUGCCCUGAAUUCGAAGAUUAUGAGAACUGGGGCCAGUACAUUGGAGUUUUCCUUACGUGGUGGCUAUGUGGUGUUACUUUCGGUUUCAGGUUUCUUAUGUUCUGGUCCAGUUACAAAACUAAGCUACUUCAGAGUUUUGCCGGUUUCCUACUGUCAUUCUGCGUAA